CUUGGAGGUCUCCUUGUCCGUUAACAAUCUUCCGGUAUCACGACGAUGGCUUCGAAGCUGCUUCACCUUUUCCUCUCAGUCUACGCCUCUGGUUUGCUCCUCGGUAGUAGCUUCCACAGUGUAUACUCUGCUCCGGGGGGGUCUCAGCGUUUUACGCAUCCAGUUCCAGUAACAUUACGAACACGACAAGGCAGCGGUGAUAACGAUGGAAUCCAUCUCGCGGUCUCACCUCAGUGUGGCCCGUUGGAUGGCAAGACGACAAAUGUGAAUGCGGGGAUUGUACCUACCUCGAUCAAGACUAUUGUAUCUUUCGGAGACUCGUAUACGGAUGGAGGGGUUGACAAUGGGUCUGCGCUUCUCCCGCCUGUUCUGAUCCCGCCCAACGAUGAAGCGGGUGGACGCUCCACGAACGGACCUGUUUGGAUCGAAGGCGUAUCAGGAGACUGGGGUGCUCAUCUUAUGGAUUAUGCGCAAUGGGGCGCAUGCACGAAUCUGUCUUUGUGGCCAAGCAAUCCAAGGAAAGUUGAUUUCAUCGAUCAAAUGGCGACCUUCCUUGGCCAGUCAAACCAAUUGGACCCGGAUACAACGCUGUAUAGCAUUUUCUUUGGGAUCAAUGAUUACAUCGCUUCCCUCAUUGAUGGCGACCAAAUGCCUGAAGCCGCACAAACCAUUCUGAACGAAAUUCAGACCCUUUCCAGUCCGCCUACAAACGGAAAAUCCUUCCUUGUUGUUGAUGUCUAUGGACGUGGGAACACCUCUGCAUGGGGAGAAGCUUACAAGCAGCAAGUAUUUGAUGGUCUCAAGGCGUUCCAUGAGGGAAGUGCGAAGCUCAAUGUAGCUUAUGUUGAUAUGGCGGCGAUCUGGGAUGGAGUGCUUGGACCUAAUCCUGGGUAUCAAGCCUUUGGGUAUACGAGCACCGCAGCGUGUACAGUCUGUACUGAGGAUUGUAACCAAUACGGGUGGUGCAUGGAUCCGGAGCAUUACUUUUACUGGAUAGAUGGUCACCCGUCAAAGGAAACUCAUCGGAUUAUGGCUGAUUGGGUUGAGGAAGUGCUGCAGAGUUGUAAAGCGUAGAUGUAGUCUUUGUAGUCUUCGUAAUAUAUUUUAUGACAGACGCA